AUGACGUAUGAUCUUAUGGAGGAGAAACAUCAUCAUGUCAAAACUGUAAAGAAAACUUGCUCACAGACUGAAAGAGUUUCUUUACUGAAAAGAGACAAGAAAAGUUUCACCUGCACUCAGUGUGGAAAGAGUUUGACAUACAAGAAGGGUCUCAACAUUCACAUGAGGAUCCACACUGGAGAGAAACCGUUCACAUGUGAUCAGUGUGGGAAGAGUUUCACACAAUCAUCAUCCCUUAAAACACACAUGAACAUCCACACUGGAGAGAAACUGCAUGAAUGUGAUCAGUGUUGUGGAAAAACAUUUUCGAUGGCUUCAUACCUGAAGAGGCACCUGAAAGUUCACUCAGAGCAGGAGCAACAUUCAUGUUCUUUAUGUGGAAAGAGUUUUUUACAUCUGAAAAGUUUAACAUUGCAUCAGAAGAUACACACUGGUGUGGGAGAUCAUUUGUGCUUUGAGUGUGAGAAGACUUUUACUACAGCUCAACAUUUGAAAGUGCACCAGAGGGUCCACACUGGAGAGAAACCUUACAAGUGUUCACAAUGCGACAAGAGAUUCAGUCGGUCAGAAAUCCUGAAAUUACAUGAGAGGAUCCACACUGGAGAGAAACCCUACACAUGUGAUCAGUGUGGGAAGAGUUUCACACUAUCAUCAUACCUUAAAAAACACAUGAACAUCCACACUGGAGAGAAACCACACACAUGUGAUCACUGCGGCAAAACAUUUUCGUGGGCUUCAAGCCUGAAGAACCACCAGAGGAUCCACACUGGAGAAAAACCUUACAAGUGUUCACACUGCGACAAGAGAUUCAGUCGGUCAGAAAUCCUGAAAUUACAUGAGAGGAUCCACACUGGAGAGAAACCCUACACAUGUGAUCAAUGUGGGAAGAGUUUCUCAGAUAAAGGAAACUUCAGAGUGCAUAUGAGAGUUCAUACUGGAGAGAAACCAUUCACAUGUGAUCACUGCGGCAAAACAUUUUCGUGGGCUUCAAGCCUGAAGAACCACAUGCUGAAUAACAUUGCUUGUGGGGAAUACUUGCAGAGCAAGCUGCCACUGGAGAGCAUGACCCUGCAGUGCCUGUCUGCUGUUGACCCUAUUGCAAGGGGGCACUUGCUAAGCAAGUUUCUCCCUGCUGAUGUAGAUGUUCAGCAAGAGAUUCUCCAGUAUGGUGUGGACCAGAGCCUGCCAACAUUCACUAAUGGAGAAGAUGCUGUCAGCUGGUGGGCAGAUGUUUCUGAUACAGGAAGGUACCCAGCACUCACCAAAACAGCACAGACAGCAUUGUCUGUGUUCCAUGGGCCACUGAUUGAGUCAUCUUUCAGUUACAUGUCAGAAAUCAUUGACUCAAAAAGUGGCAGCAUGAGCAUCAGCACUCUGAGUGCCAUCCAAACUGUGAAACACACCAUGCUGACCCAAAAGAAGACUGCAGUAGAAAUGUUCAAUAGAGAAAACAUAAAGUAUGGGCCAGUGAAUCAGAAGAUGUGUCAAAACAUCCUGUCGGCUGGAAGUAAGGACAAAGCUUUAAGAAAGCAAGCAGCCUUGAAGGAGAUGGAGAGACGGAGGGUGUUCGACUGCCAGCCAUCCUCAAGCGCUGCCGCAGCCAUAAGAACCAAGGCAGAAGAGGAGGCUCUGGCCAGAAGGAGGCAUGCGGCCAAACAACGAAAGCGAGCUUUGUCAUGCGCCUAA